AGGAGAGGGACGCGCUGGAGCUGGUGCAGAGGCACCUGGCCGAGGUGAGGCAGGAGCAGAGCAACGUCUCGGCGGCGCUGGAGGAGAUGCGCAACCUCUCCGAAAUCUUCUGCACCAGGUGUCCCCCCGGCUGGCAGCAGUUCUCCAAAACCUGCUAUUUCUUCUCCACCACCACCAAGUCCUGGCUGGAGGCCAAAAGCUCCUGCGCCGAGUUCAACGCCCAUCUGCCUGUCGUCGACACCGAGCAGGAGAACAAAUUUCUGGCAAACCACAUCAUGGAGAAUCGGGUCUUUUGGCUGGGGCUGACGGACGAGCACAGCGAAGGCGCCUGGCAGUGGGUGGACGGCCGCUCCCUCUCCUUUACGUUCUGGAGCCCCGGGGAGCCCAACAACGUGGGUCAGCAGGGCGAGGACUGUGCCACCAUCUUCCCCAACGGCUUCUGGAACGACGUCCCCUGCACCAACCAGGAGGCCUGGAUCUGUGAGCGCAGCUGCUGA